AUGGAGACAUUGAUGCUAGCAUGUAAGCCAACUGAUACACCUAUGGAAACAAACCACAAACUUGGAAACUCUUCGAGAGAGAAGAUAAAAGAUGUAGACAACUAUCAACUUCUAGUAGGGAAACUAAUCUAUCUGACUCACACAAGGAAAGACAUUGCAUAUGAUGUAAGUGUUGUGAAACAGUUCAUGUUGAAUCCAACAGAAGAUCAUAUGGAAGCUGUCUAUAGAAUUUUGCGAUACAUGAAGAGAAUUGCAGGGAAACAAAUAUUGUUCUUGAAGAAUGAAAAACAGUCAUCGAAGACUACACAGAUGAAGGUUAGGCAGGAGAUCUCUUGA